AUGCCUGCCUCCGUUCACUCCCAAGAGCCCCAAGAGGCAGAUCAAUCCAUGAUCGACGCCGAGCCCGAGGUCGACCCCAUCAUGCUGGAGGAGAAGCGCGUUGUAGUGCUCCCCGGUUCCUCUGAAACAUCCGCCUCGUUCCAGUUUGAAAACGAAGGCCAUACUAUGGGUAAUGCGUUGCGAUAUGCUAUUAUGAAGAACCCCGCCGUUGAGUUCUGCGGAUAUACCAUCCCCAUCCCUCUGACCCCAAGAUGCACCUUCGCAUUCAGACAACUGGUAAGUUUAACAAAAUGGAAUGGAUGGCGCUCCUGCUCCUUGCCCCGCACGCCACGUUAUACUACCACUGCCCUGGAAGCUUUGGAGAAAGGCUUCAGCGACUUGAUGGAUCUUUGUGAUGUUGUUACGGAGAAGUUCACUGAUGCUCGGGAUCAAUUUAACGAGGAGAACAGUAACCGCAUGCAAUCUUGA